AUGCCAUUCCGUUGGAUUGAUGCAGUACUGGCUCUUCAAUGAAGAUCUUCAACUGGAUGCAUCGCAGAUUGCUCUGCUUCAGCGACUACUCCCAUUUCUCUGAGAACAAAGAAUUGGGCGAGAGAGAAGAGGCAGCGCCGGUGACGGCGGCGGAGACGGAGGCCCUGCUGCUCCAUGACAUGUUGAACGGCAUUCUCGCCAUCGGCACGGUGGGCCGCCACCACCCGCUCAUCUCACGCUGCCACUCUGCCUCCCCCGAGACAGAGGAAGCCGCCGACGACCACGGCCGCGGCCGCGAUAAGGAGGCGGCGGUGUUUAAGAUCAAGGUGUCGGUGGAGGAGGAGACGAGGAGAAUGGAAUUCGUGAAGGUGUGCGAGCUGGCGCACCGCGAAGCGGAGGAGGUCCCCGAGCUCCCACUGCUGAAGCGGGAGCGGCGGCGGACGACGCUGGCUGAUCUCCUCGCCGUCAAGGCUGCCCCGGGGAGUGCGACUGAAUAAAUCUACGCCGAUGACUAUGUAAUUAUCUUAAUUUUUUUACUGAUUUCGCCGUGGAAUCAAUGAUUGAAUGCGAUCCAACACUGCUAGAUCGCAGACGAGCUGGCAGCCAUGGUCGUGCUGAUGGUGGCAUGUAGUUGGACCGGUUAGAUCGAGCCGGGUCCAUUGGUCUGCCGGCAUGUUGGGCGAGUGCAUUUGGUCGAGUGGGUGGUAGGCUCCAGCUGCUUGCUUGGGGUUGUGGCAUGCUCUUUAGACUCCAUAUGUCUCCGUGUCUUGGAUGUGAUUUGU